UCAAUUCAUAACUUAGUAUCAUCAAUUCUAUCAACCAAAUUUGAAUCUGCUGAAUUAUUAGAUUUAUUUAAAUCAAAUACAUCCUUAUCGGUCAUAUUAUAAUUCUUACAAUUUUAAGGCGCAAAUUAGCUAGUAUUAUAAGUAUUCGUAUUAAAUCCAACUACAUUAUUAUUAUUACUAUUAAUAUUAUUACUUAUUACUCCAUUAUUAUUUGAAGGACCAGGUCCUGCGAUUUUUAAAUACUUAAUAGGACUAAUGAUUUCAUCUUAUUGACUUUUAGCAUUAAACAAAUAAUUAUUAUUGAUAACUUUUGAAUAAAUUUCCAUUCGUUAAUCUUCACUUUGAAAAUUUAAAAUUUCUUAUUUUAAUUAUUCUAAUCCUUCAUAAUGUUAAAAAGAGUCGAUAUUAACAUUAUUUCCUUAUAUGUCCUUUACAGAUACUUUUCCUUCAUCGUCUAUAUUUAAUAAUUAUUCAGGAGUAGUGUAAAGUAUUGUCCUUAUAUAUUUUUUUAUGUCCAAUACAUUAUUUUAACUAGGAGAUAUCUAGUCUAAAAAUUAAUCUAUAUCUUUUAAUUUCAAAAAGUAAUAAUCUCGCUCUUCUCUUAGUUUUUCCAUUUAAAAUUCCCUUUAGAUUUUGUUAUUUUCCCCAUAUUCUUAAUCUAUUGAUAUAUUUGAUAUAGAAUUUUAACUUUUGGCGAUAUCUGCUGCCUUUAUAUAUUAUGUUUGCGCUUUUAAAUAUGUGGAAUUUUUUGAUUAUGUUGUAUUUCUCUAAGAUGAAUUUGCACUAGUAUCUAAAUUUUAAGAAUAUGAGUAUGCUGUUUGAUAUAUUUUAUCGUCUUAAUUUGGCUAAUAACCUCCUCUUCGGGCUACAGAAUCGUAUGGUUAUUAUUUGUAAUGUUAAUCAAAGUAUUUUCUCAUCCAUUGGAGGAAUUCUAAGUUAUCUUAAUAUUUACAUUUGAUUAAUUUGUUUAUUUCUAUUGGUUUUGUUAUUUUUAAUUUGUCAAAUCCUUACUAAAGUAGUUUAAAAUUUUAAACGUAUUCAUAAUCAUUCUUAGCUUUCCAAUUAACUUUACUCACU